CAUGUAUGCUAGCCUUGUAAAUAUCAGUAGGCUGGACAUUCAAGGUUUUAUCGCAGUAUACUUAAUUUUUCAUGAGUGAAGUGACGCCUCUUAGCUCCUUGUUUUAAAAGUUAAAAAAAAGGUGAUGAUAUUACGCUGUCAGUCAGCCGCUCAUCCUCACAAGGGUCACAGGAAAGCUGGAGCCUAUCCCAGAUGGCCUCGGGCAAAAGGCGGACUACACCCUGAAGUGGUCGCCAGUCAGUCGCAGGGCAGAUAUUGACACCAUCACUGAGCGGGAAUCGAUCCCAAGCUGCCACCAACAAACUCAGCGCGGUGAUGGUGGCCGGCUCGGUCACCCUGGCCAUUGCAUCGAGCCGCCUGCUGCGUGUCCAGAACCGCUUCAUCUUCAUGCUCAACACCAGCCUGAGCGACACGCUCACCGGCUUCUCCGUCUACUACCUGGGCCUGUUCGACGUCCAGGAGGGCUACCCGUCCCGCAACGGAACUUUCUACAUCCUGCCCUCCUUCCUCGGCGUUAACGUGCUGACCUUCCUGUUUGCCCAGUUCGACCGGUAUCUGGCCGUGUGCCACCCGUUCUUCUACCACCGCUUCAUCAGCCGCUCGCUGGUCAUCGGCGCGUGUGCCUUCUGCUGGAUCUACACCUACUCCAUCCUCACUGUCCAGAACAUGGUGCCCAUCUCCAAGGCAGCCCAGAUCAACGCCUUCGGGGUCAUGACACUACAGAUCAUCGUGCUCGUCAAGGUGCUGAUGACCGUCAAGUUGUACGUGAUCGCCCGUAACCACCUGGCCCGAGAGCCGCCCAGCGCCGAGCGGGACAGCAAGAGGGAGUCGCUGCGAAUCAUCGUGUUUGUGGUCAUCUGCUUCCUGGCCCUGUGGUGCCCCUCGUUCAUCAACAUCAUCGUCAGGCAGCUCACCCGGACCGGUCUCCGCUUCCGCAACGAGGCCACCAACCUGUUCGCCAUCAUGGCGCGCCUCAACGCGCUGGUCACCCCGGCUCUGUACAUCUGGGGCAGCCCGGCCCUCAGGGGGGCCGUGUGGAGGCGGGUGUGCCCUAGACCGAGAGUUGGAUAAUGCACAAACAUUUAUUCACAAGGUAAUUUCAUUUUUCCAGCCAUGUGUUUCUUUCAUUUUCAGAAUUUAUUUAAUUUUGAUUUGAUUUUAAUAACGUUUUUUUUUU